GGGGCCGAGCUCCAGGGCCGGCGGCCGAGACCAGGACGUGUGGUCUGGGCCGGGUGGCCGUGAGCGGCAACGUGACGGUGCUUCGUUGCGCCGGAUUUGCGGCCAGGGGGGUUACCUGGAUCGCGGCUCACCAACCAGCCCCUGGCCAGCGAGCGGCCCGCAGUCGACGGUCCGGAGGCGGCGGGGGCGGAGCUCGGCCUGCGCCGAGCGCCCAUUGGCUGCCUCUGUUUCCCUUUCGGCCUCCAGCGGCGGCGUUCAGGUGUGGGCUAGAGCCGCCGUGUGCAAGCCGUCGGGGUACUUACUCAAGGAUGCACCCGAGCGCUCGCGGGGAGCUGUGCUUGUAAUCCUUGAUUUCCAUGGCCAAUAUUGACGACGGCAUAUGCAAAAAAUACAUAAAGAUGAUAACUAAUAUUGUUAUAUUGAGCCUGAUCAUUUGCAUUUCCUUAGCGUUCUGGAUUAUGUCCAUGACUGCAAGUACCUAUUAUGGUAACUUACGGCCUAUUUCUCCCUGGCGAUGGCUCUUUUCUGUUGUUGUUCCUGUUUUGAUCACCUUCAAUGGCUUUAAGAAGAAAAGUCUCGAUCACAGUGGGGCUUUAGGAGGGCUAGUGGUUGGAUUUAUCUUAAGCAUCGCAAAUUUCAGCUUUUUUACGUCUUUGCUUACAUUUUUUCUUUCUUCUUCAAAACUCACUAAGUGGAAAGGAGAAAAAAAGAAACGUCUAGAUUCAGAAUAUAAGGAAGGUGGGCAGAGAAAUUGGCUUCAGGUGUUCUGUAAUGGCGCUGUGCCCACGGAGCUGGCCUUACUCUACAUGAUCGAGAAUGGGCCCGGUGAAAUCCCCAUCGACUUCUCCAAGCAGCAUACUGCCUCCUGGAUGUGCCUCUCUCUCCUGGCCGCCCUGGCCUGCUCUGCCGGAGACACAUGGGCUUCAGAAGUUGGCACCGUCCUUAGUAAAAGCCCACCAAGGUUGAUAACGACCUGGGAGAAAGUUCCAGUGGGUACCAACGGAGGGGUGACCGUGGUGGGCCUGGCCUCGAGUCUCCUCGGCGGCACUUUUGUCGGCAUUGCUUACUUCCUCGCGCAGUUGGUCUUUGUUAAUGAUUUGGACCUUUCUGCUCCCCAGUGGCCAAUUAUUGCAUUUGGGGGUCUGGCUGGAUUGCUUGGAUCAAUUUUGGACUCAUAUUUAGGAGCUACGAUGCAAUUUACUGGUUUGGAUGAAAGCACUGGCAUGGUGGUCAAUGUCCCGACCCAGGAGGUGAAGCACAUCUCAGGGAAGCCCAUUCUCGACAACAACGCAGUGAACCUGUUUUCCUCUGUUCUUAUUGCUCUCCUGCUCCCAACAGCUGCUUGGGGCUUUUGGCCUAGGGAGUGAACUUUAUCUCCUUUCUAGCAGUCCUGCCAAAUUUGCCAUUCUGCGUUUCAUCCCAAGAAGAAUUGUAAUGACUGAGAGGAUAGGCCAGCUCCUGUCAUCUUUCAUUGUGAUGGAAUUCCAUAAUUUUCCUGCCAUCAGUUCCCUUGAAAAUAAUCUUUCUUGGACGUGUAAGAGUACAUCAACUUAUUUGCUCUGCCAAAUGUGACUUCUUAAGCAAUGAAGCUAAAUAAUUUUCCUUUCUUUUGGUAUAGAUUGAACUGAGAGUUCCAACAUGAUAGCUAUAAAGGUUAAGUCAGUUGUAGAGACAGAUGUGAUAAAAAUUUGUAAAUGGUUCUUGCCAAGGAAAUCGGCAAAGUGGUCGAGCACAUGGCUCGCCUGUACAUGGCCCUGAGUUCAGUCCAUGCAACCCCCUCCCCAUCAAGGAAAGAAAAACAGAAAUGGUUCUCAGUUGUGGGAGAGAAAUACUUUUGUGUCUGUUAUCUAAAUGUGAUGUCUGUUUUAAGUGAUUUAAAUUGGUGUGUUUGAAAUCUUCGUUGUUGUGUCCUGGAUUUUUCCAUGAUUUUCCAUUUGCAAGUGUCAGAGGUGUGAAGUCUGGAGCCUCCUGGACUACUCUACAUUUGUUCAUCCUUCCUCAGGGCUAGUGAUUAAAAAAAGUAAAUGUGGUUUUACAUAUGGCCAUUAGAAAAGAUAAAAAAGUUACUUCUGUGUAAAAACAAAAGAGAUUUCUUUUGUACUUAAAAAAUUGUGCACCUUACUGUACAUUUUAGUUGAUCUUCAAACAUAAAUUAUCUCUGAUUUAAUGUUUCUAAAGUCUUUUCUGGUUUUCUUUGGAAUUUGAAAGAACUUUGUUUACAGGAACUUCAUUUUGGUAUCCCAAAUAGUUAAAAAUUCGCUGGAAAAUUAUUGUAGUUUUUAACUUAUUAACCUAGAAUUCACUGAGAGGUGCUCCACUUUACAUUAUAAAAUGUAAUGUAUUGUACUUUAUAUUAUGGCCUAAACUAAAGUGAAUUCUCCUUUUUCA